UACUCUGUUCCCGCAGUAAACUCGAGCAUUGCUUGUGUUCUCGCAGUGCUUCACUGUUUCGGCACCGUAUUAUCAAAUGGUCUUUAAUGUGGAGGCUCGUUGAGUUUGCCGCUUACUUUUUAUUUUAUGGUUUAGUGGGUUAUUUCGCUUUGGCUAUCCAUGCUGUAGCUUGCUCUGACAUGUUCGGCGGUUCCAGCGCUCGGCAGUGUUUUUAAUUGGCAAGUCUCUGCGGAAAGCCCGCCUUGGAGAUGCGGGCGAAACGUAUUUCACAGUGGUUUCAUUGUGUGGCCAGGUUUCAUAAGUGCUCUCCUCAUGACACGGCUACCCAGCUGUGUCAGGAGAUGCCAGCCCUCUGUCCUUCUGCCUGGGUUGUUGCAAGCCCAGCCGGUUAGCAGUUAUGCCUGGAAUCAAGAACUGACUAAGCUUUGCCAGCAAAGACACUUCAUCAUGGAGGAUGACUCGGGCUACGGGCCACUGGGAACAGAGUUGAAGAACAAUUUAGCUGAAUUGUGGUGGAGGUCAGUUGUCAGUUUAAGGGAGCAAGUAUUUGGGAUCAGCACGUUGCACCAGCAGAGACCAACAGCAGCUGCCACUAGUACCCCGAUCGGUUUAAUAGACAAGAAUGCCUUGCAUACAAGCCUCCAUGAUUCACAGCUUAACAAGAAAGAGAUGGCCAAAUCCAUAGAGAGUUUACUGCACAAUCAGAUUGGUCUUCGGACAAGCUUGUUGCAAGGGGCAUUGGAACAUUAUGUUCCCUCACUGGCAUUGCUAAACAGGAAGUUGCCUUUUGGACUGGCGGAGAUGGGAACAUGCUACAGACCUAUUCAUGCUGAAGAGCCUAAUGGCAAGGUCAAGACAGGGGAGAGCUUCAUGGCAUCACUGGUGUGGUUCAGCUCUCCUCAGACAUCAGCACAGUGGCUUGAAUACUGGCUUCGUCAUAGAAUGCUGUGGUGGAGAAAGUUUGCUGUCAGCCCAUCAGAUUUUAGCAGCAGUGAAUUACAAAAUGCAGAUGGAAACCGAGAAGUCAGAAUCCAGUAUAACUUCUCAGGAGGAACAGAGACCCUAGAAACACUGUGCAGUUUAGGAGAUGAGGUGCUUGUGAGCCGGUGUGUGGGGAGCAAGGCCAAGCUGCAGUGCCGUGAAGGGAGGAAAUCAGUAAUACCACAUGUGCUGUCUAUAAGCAGCUGUUUGGACACUGGCGUGAGAACUUAUCUGCAUAACUCCUUCCAGGAGAUGGGCAGUGUACACACCAAACGAAGACUGUUGCAGAGAAAGGUGCUAAAGCUUCAUCCCAGUUUAACUCCAGUGAAGGUGGCUUUGGAUAUGGGGAGGGGCCCCAGUAAUGAACUUCGACAGGUUUGUGAAGGGUUACUUCAAGAGCUGCUGGAACAAGCAAUUUCAGUGUGGCCUGGCUACCUAGAAACUGCAUCCAUCUCCAUGGAGCAGCAGCUUAUAAGGUAUGAUGAGAUGGGUGUACUGUUUACCAUCUUGGUCAAUGAUGUUACCUUAGAGAAUGGAAUUGCCCAGCUCAGAAAUCGUGACACCAGUAUCAGGGAAAUGAUGCACAUUUCUGAAAUCAGUAGUUUCCUCACCAAGUACAUCACUGCAGCACGGAGAAUGUGAAGCAGUGGCAGUCACUAAAGCCAUGCGAGACAAUAGUGUUGUAUUUUUAAAUACCAAUAUAUAAGUCCACCUUCUCUGAUAACACCAUUGUUGGAGGAUCAAAUGUGGAAAAGGCUAUUUUCUUAAUUAUCAUUCAUCUAUGACUAUAGUGCAGUGAAAAAAUGUUCAGUUGGCAUUCAAUUGCACUGGUUAUCUCAACAUUACAAAGACUGACUUCCAACUUUAUUUUUUUAAUAAAAUAAUUGCCCUGAG